AAUUAUAUCUACAACAGCGGCAGAGUAAGCGCGUAAAAACCUGUGUUCUUGACAAAUAAUGUGAUAUAAAGCCGGCGUCAGAUGGAUAUAGCGAUUGUGUGGUCGAUAGUGCAGCAAGUAUAACGUGCAGUGUAGUGUUCCGAAUAUGAAUUAUUUGAAUAUAUUUUUAUUAGCGUGUUCGUUGACCGUGGCGACGGCACAACGACUCGGCGAGACAAAUGACGUCACAGAUAGUCAAAGAAGAAGUACCGGGGGCUACGGCUUGCUAAGACCCGGGUAUCAGGGAGGCUACGGCGGCGGGUACAACAACCCCGGCUAUAAUACCGGUUACAACACAGGUUAUAACACCGGUUACAACACUGGUUACAACCCCGGUUUAGGUGGAUAUCCGGGUUAUGGAGGAGGCAUAGGAGGUUACCCAGGCCAGGGUGGAUAUCAAGGUGGCUAUGGAGGCGGUUUCGGUGGUUACCCAGGCGGCUAUGGGGGUUACCCCGGAGGUUUCGGGGGAUAUCCCGGAGGCUUCGGCGGUCCAGGUUACCCUGGAGGCUACCGUCCCGGAUAUAGGCCCGGUUACAACAACUACCCAGGUUUUAACUACCAGGGUGGUAACGCUGGGUACCCGGGUGGUAAUAUAGGAUACCCGGGUGGUAACGUAGGAUACCCAGGUUACAACAGACCCGGGUUCAACCAGUUCAGACCAGGUUACCCUGGUAACCAAGGUAAUUACUUCGGAGGCUACAAUGAUGGUUACAAUGACAACUUCAGGCUUCUUGGAAGAAAGGCCGGUGAAGAAACGAAGAAAGCCGAUACUGAUGCUUAGAUAAAUGACGGAAUAAAAUGACUAUUGCAGAUGUAAGUGCCAAAUUAUGGAUAUUAUAAUAGAUAACAUUAGUUAAUAAAAUUAAUGAUACAUAAAUAAAUUCAUAUCUCCAAUAAAUUCCUACACAAUUUUAGUACAAAGAUUAUUAAGUAUUUAAAUAUCCUAUAAGUAUUUUAAAUAAGGCCAGAGUGAACAGGCACCUUCUGGGCGAGCUCGCUCCAUCUUAGGCUUCGUCAAUGCCUUCGGGCAGGUCUGGGGCCUAGAGCAAACCCAUCAAAGGUAAAAAUAAAAUAUCCAUAAUUUUGCACUAAUUUGUAUAGGUAAGUGUUCUUUAAUUUGGUUACCUUAUAAAUACUGUUGCACUGAUGUUUUGUUACCAAACAAUAUACGUAAUUAUUUAUCAACAUAAA